AUGGCAGACGCAGCGGUGUUCGAGCAGGUGCUUGCGGAAGAGGAUGCGCGGCUGGCAGCAGCCAACCGAGGUUCGGCGGAUGGCCCCAGGCUCACGGGCACCGGAUUGCCUCGCCUUCGUGGGAAACAGGCUCCCAGGGGAGGCUGGGAACAGAUGCCUUUCCUGCCCUGGGUUCUGAUGUGUAUGGCGGAGGAAAGAAUCUUCGCGCGUGCAGAUGCGGAGGCGGAGCGUGCCGAAGGGGACCAGACCGGAGCGCCUAAUGCGGGGGCGCGGUGGCGCACACCCCCGAGCCCGGUCGCACCGACGAAGAAACCUGCAGGGCACCCCAGGAUGAAGCCAGCGGGAAACCGAGGAACGACGAACUUCUGCCCCGGCUGCGAGGGCAAACAUUGCGUCUUCAGCACCAAAACGCCCGGCAGUGCAAGCCAAGGCAAACCGGGCGCCGUAUGCAGCUUUUGCAGCGCAGCAUCCCUACGGGCAGCAUUGGAGACCCCCCGUGGAAGAGGAAACGUGACGCGAAGCUUCAAGGUAUUCUACAGCAGGAAGGAUGAGCAUGGGCACGUAUGGACGGCCGUCAAAGAGAGGCUGGAGGAAUGGGUUCCGGAAGAAGCAGAAGCAUUGACCAAGAAAGCUUCGCAAGCAAAGAGGGAGAAACCCAGAGCGAGCCGCGCCGACUUGAGAGAGCGGCGAGCUGCAGCCACCAAGGAUGCGUGGGAUGCAUGCAAGAAGCGCCGCAGGGCAGUCACAGAAGAGGCAGCCGCACCGGCCCGCAAGAAGUAUCGUGCUGAGGUACAUGCGGAGCAACGACGUGCGGACAUCACCAAGGCAGCGCAGCCAGAAAUCAUGGCAUCCGCCUGUCGCCGCUGCAAGGCUAAGCGACCGCACAUCGUGCCGCAGCCCGCAGACGUGCCCGAGCCCUUGCAAGGCUUGUCCCCUGAGAUUGUGGAGGCUUUGCGCCCUUUGGAUAUUGACGUGGGUGAGGAGGUCCGUGCAGGGAACGGAUGCUACAGAAAGAAGGUGCGCAUGAUUACCUUUUCUUGGGCAUUGCAGUCUGUGGACAGCAAGAUCGCGGCGCUCGGCGCGAGGGAUGUGCGCAGAAAGGCAAGGGCAGCACGACGCUACCUCCUGGAGAACCCAGUCGACAAUGAAUACCACGACUACUACGAGCGGCACAAUUCUUUCAUUGUUCGGCACCGAGACGAACCCACAGCCGCAGAAGCCAAGCGGCCACUGCACUUCAUUGAGGAGCCCGGGCUUGAGACGGCUCUCUGGCCGCAUCUGUACUGGAAAACCUCCAUGUGUGAGUCGUUCGAGCGUCUCAAUCGACGACGGCUACAGCAGCUGGAAGCCAAGAAGCAGUGGAGAGGCCAGCAAGAGGAUGAAGAAGACGCCGCCGCCACAGAAGCCGCUGAGCCGGAGGACAACAGCAGCAGUGAAGAGGGUGAGGACAGCGCUGCGUCCAGUGCCGAAGAGGAAGUUGCAAAAGAGCCCCGUCGGAGCAUCAAACGCUCCUUCCAGGCCAAGCUCCUCAGCCCUUUGUUGGGUUAUGGCUCCGACUUCACCUUGCUGCAAUAUGUGUACGACCUGCAUCUCUGGACUGAUCUGGGUAGCAAACGCAACCAGGCAGAUGGCAUGGCAAUGCGGCUGAUGAUGCAAGGGCAUCCGAUGUCGCCAUACUACUGGCACGACAUCAAGCUGGGCCUCUUCGACCUCGUCAAGCAGCUAGGGUACCCUCAGCUGUAUUGGACGCUGGCACCGUGGGAGCCCAGCUUUCCAUACCAUCAGUUCCUGCUGGACGAGAUGCAGAAGCUCCUGGUGACCAGAACGCAUCUGCCGGCAUUUGAAGCCAUGAGCAUAGCACAUGUAAUGUUGCAGACCUGCCGGAAUUUGCUUGCUGGAGGUGGCACACAACAAGGAGCAAAAGGAUGGAAACGGCAUCUGCUCAGCAACCACGAUCCAGCCAUCCAAGAGCAAGUCAACAACUGCGUGGGCUUCUUCACCCGGGUCGAGUACCAGGACGGAUCGAAGAAGGAGGGGACCCAGAGGUACCAUGGGAGCGGGAGGCCGCAUGUGCACGCCUUGUUUUGGCUGCGUGACAUGGCAAGUACCAAGUUGGAGGCUUCUGCGGCGGCCAGCUUGCAGCUUGGCCCCGGCAUGGACGUGGUGGCGGCAUUUGCCCGAGGAUCGCAGCUGGACAGAAGCGGUGAAAGCAAGUGGCCAGUCCAUCCUGGGGCGUCUGAAUAUGUGGCGGAUGAGGGCCGCUUGCAACUGCACCACACAGAGGAAGAUGCAGAGGGAGGCGUCCGUGGUUGCUUCAUUCCCGUCAUGGAUGCGUUGCGGUGCCACCAGGACCUGCAGAUCGCUCAUGGACGCUACCUGCUCCUCAAGUACGUGACGAAGUACGUCGCAAAGUGGAGUGACUCAUCCUACAGUGAAUGGAUGUCUGAUUCUGCAAGCGUCACGAGCCUCUGCCGCAAAGUUCUAGUUGAAUACCACCCCAUGGAGCCGGAGAUGACCUUGCAGUUGACAGGAGCCACGUUCCGACAAUGGGACUUCGGAACGGUGAUGGGCGGGCGUCGCUCCGUCCGGGUCCCACGCCCCAGCAACCAGGAGCAGCCGGGCUUCGUCCACCAGUACAUGCGCAGCGAGUGGCAGCGCGAGGAGAUGGCCUUGCUCGAGUACCUGCGGAAGUCAGAUGCUGCCACAGGAGGGAUCGCCCGGUGGCUGCGCCAGAGGUGGGAGAAGGAUGCGGCCGGACAGGCAGCAGGGGUGCCGCUGGAGACCUUCGCAAACGCGUAUACCAUGCAGGAAGAGCAAAUUGUUGCCGCCGACUACUUAUGGCGCCUCAACGAUGGCUACUACGGGCAGUGGUGUCUCAUGCACUUACCGUUUCGCUCCUUGGAUGGCUUUCAAGUUGCCGCAGUACAAGACAAGGUGCCGUUCCGGUACCGCUGGCUGGCCACAGAUGCCAGGCUGCCUCCACCGGUGCGAGGGUACUGGCGUGACCCGGCGCGCAUCCGAGCUGACAUGGAGCAAGAGGCUGAUACGGCUGCAUUCAUCGAAGACGUUGUCGGCUUUGUGGGCACCCAGAUCGCGGCCAUUGAUCGGUAUUUAUCUGGCCAAUUGGACCGUCGGGAAGAGCCGGCCCCAGCACCCAAGAACCGGCACCAAGCAGGAAAUCAGCAGGAAGACUUUGAGUUGGAGGGCAAGCAGGCGGUCCUAUUUCGACAAGUUGCUCAACGAGUACAGCGAGGGAUGGAACUACAAGCGGCCGCUUCAGAUGAAGAGUGGGACACCCGACGGGCCAAGGUGGCAGAAGCAGCUCAUCGGCCGAUUGUGUGCUCUGGACGGCCAGGCACGGGCAAGAGCACGGUGUUGCAUCGCAAUGUGCGUGCAACCCUGGAGGCCGGUGGCUCUGUGUUGCUUGCCCUGCCCACGGCACGCCUCUCCAACCGCACGGCCGAAAAGUUUGAGUCGCAAGCCCAGCUGGUCGUGGACACGGCCGCAGCCGCGUUCCAGUUUCACAAACCGGAGCAGGAGACUUUGUAUGCAAUCAAUCCGAGCCAAGCAAACUUUGAACGCAUUCUGCGGCAGUGGCAUGCGGCAGAUCAAUCCCCUGCAUUGGUCUUCUUGGGGGACAAGUACCAACUCCCCGGCGCGGAUCCGCUGCGGCCAUGGGACAGCCCGGCGUGGAAGCCGGCGACGGUACAAUUUGUGGAGUUGACCUUUGUAUAUCGAACGCAAGAUGAAAGCUUUCUGAACAUGCUGGACAGCCUCCGUACCGCCAUGCCAACAAAGCUACAGCUGAACCAGAUUUGCCGGAACCAUAAGGCCUGGAAUCCUGGAAGGGGGACGAGCCCGAUACAAAGGACAUUGGCCGCUUGCUGCGCACACACCCGGAGGCCGUCAUGGUGGCCGCAACUCGGGCUGGCGUGGCACAGGUGA